GAGCAGUUUGUUUCUUUGUGAACUUUUGGUUAUUGAAAAUAAUUUUUGUCUGGCUUGGUCUUCACAAAUUAUUUGUAUUUGUGAAGCGAAGACAUCUAUUUUAUUAUUGAAUUAAUUGCGUGACAAAGUAAUCUUGCCAUCAUGGCGGUUAUGGCAGCAGCGCAGUUGCUGGAUGAGCUCAUGGGGAGACAUCGCAACACAAACCCGAAUGAAAAGAUCAAGAAACCCAACUGGGAAGAUCCUGAGUACUGCAAAUACUACAUGGUGAAGUUCUGCCCGCACGACCUGUUCGUGAACACGCGCGCGGACCUGGGCGCGUGCCCCAAGGUGCACGACGACGAGGUCAAGGAACUCUUUGAGAAGGCCGAGAGCUCCUACAAGAAGUCUCAGUAUGUGGAAGAGUUCCUGCGGUUCUGCCGCCACAUGAUCAACGAUGUUGAGCGAAAAAUACAAAAAGGCAAGCAGCGGUUAGAGUUGAUGAAUUCUAAGCCUGAAGGACCUCCAAUGACUCAAGCUCAGACCGAAAAGAACCAAGAACAGGUGAAACUGCUAUCAGAGAAGGUGACCUCCCUAAUGCGCGACGCAGAGGAGGCGGGCACGCGCGGGGACAUCGAGCAGGCGCAGGGGCUCAUGAAGCUGUGCGACCGCCUCAAGGAGGAGAAGGACUCCCUCAUCAAGCAGCAGGAGAACAGCCACUGGUCGAUGACGGCGGAGAUGGCGGCGGCGCAGGAGAAGCAGAUGGAGGUGUGCCCCGUGUGCGGCGCCUUCCUCAUCGUGGGCGACGCGCAGCAGCGCAUCGACGACCACCUGUCCGGCAAGCAGCACGUCGGCUACUUCAAGCUCCGCCAAGCCUACGAAGCCAUGGUGCAGAUGCUCGAGAAAGAGACGCAAGAGAAGGAGCGGCGGCGGCGCGAGGAGCGCGAGCGAGAGAGAGGCGCGCGCGGCGGCGGGCUCGGCUCCGGCCUCGGGAGGGAGCGGGACAGGGAGCGCGACGACAAGGACGGAAGGAAAGAUAAGGAUAGAGAGCGCAGUCGCCGCGACGACAAGGGGCGACACGACGACCGCGACAAGGAGCGCGAGCGCGACCGCGAGCGGCGACACCGCAAGGACCGACGUUCUUCCCACGAGCGUUCGUCCCGCCGGCGCUCCCGCGAACGCCACUAGCACUCUGAGGUAUCACAUGCACCGCACCCGUUGGCAGCGUCGCGUCGCCAUAAAGAGGUACCUUUCACUUUAAGAACUCAGAAGAAGGCAGACGCAAGCGAAGCCGCCAGACUCGACCCCCAACGGCAUUGAGGUGACUUAGAAUAAUAAUUUACAAUCUGUGAAACUUGAUUAUAAUAAAUGUUAGCUCGUUAAUCCCAAUUAGACUUAAAUAUGCAUGUAGAUUGCACCAAAAUGGACCUGUUCUUAUUUUCGCUUAAAUGGUAAAUGUUUGUAUACAUCUAGCUACCUCUUGAAUAUUGUUUGAAGCCGACACUGUUAGUAUUGUACCGAGAAUCCAUCGCGGAGUGAUUCAGGUAUUUAUCCAAGUUAUUUCUUAAUUUUUAAUGUAAAUGAUGUCACGUGAGAAUAAUGUUAGUAUGAAUUGCAUACGUACGUGUGAACCUGUAGGCGACUAGGCGAUACAUUGAGAAGAAUAAACUAUUCGUUUUUAAUUA